CAAUCUACCUCACGUAGAACGUAAGAACCUUACAACUGUAUACUUCCACUUUCCUCUCCCUAUUCAUUGUGCUAUUGUUGGCAUACGUUUUAUUUUUACGUAGGCAUAAAUAUUUUUGUUUUAAAUUGUUUUCUUUUUAAGAGAUGAAACCGAGGGGGAACGUCUCUUCUUUUGCCAGCACGUGUAUCUUUAUCACUCCACAUUUGGGUAUUUUCCUUCUGUCUUCAGAACUUGAAAUUUUCUUACAGUGCAGGUCUGCUGACAGUAUAUUCUGUCAGCUUCUACUUGUCUAAAAAAGUACCUUUAAUUCGUGAAGGACAUUUCCAUCGGGUACAGAAUUCUCGGUUGAUAGUGUUUUAUUACAAUCCUGGACACAUUUCACACUGUUGAGUGCUGGAUUGUUUUAUUCACGUAAAAAGUGUUGGUUUUCAUUUGGGCAUACAGUUACUCGGAAUCAGGAAGAUCCCUUGGGGGUCUUGCUUUUAAAGCGUGUUAGGACAGACCAAGGGCCACUUUGACCCACCACUGAGACGUACCUCCUAAGCCCUCCACUGAAGGACACAUCAGACUUCAGGUUGCCCUUUUGCCUUUCUGCCCCCACAGCCGCCCCCCUGGGAUCUGGGGAGGGAUAGAUGAGGAGCGGAAGUGGGAUUUAGCCCUCCUUGAGUCAACAGGACUCCCAGUAUGCUGUAUUUGUGAGGACCCUUGACUCCAGAACAGAGUAUUGGCGGACACCGCACUCGAAGCAGAGUGUUACAGGUUGAGAAGUUAGGAAGCGAAAAAAAGCUGAGUCUUGGUCCUUGCGAGUUCAUAGUCCCCUUAGGGAUGACAUGACGAUUUCGAUUAGUACCAGAGGAAGACCAGCGAUGGUGACGUGUGGCAGGGCACCGCUGGGAGGGUCCUGAGAAUUCCAAGGAGGGUGAGUCCGGGGAGGGAAUCGGAGCCAAAUGCCAGGGUCAGAGAACUGAACAGCUGAGCGGAUGGGGAUCACCAGGAGCCCGGAGUGGACUUUGCUGAGGGACUGUCUACCUUGCCUCUUGGCUCAUUCCUCCUUUCCCUAGGAUGUUGAUUUCUGGACUGGAAUACUGGCGGCACUGGAGGCCGGGGGGCACUGCUGGCAGGAGCGGUGCCUGGUGGCAGGCCGGCAUGAAGGUGGAGACUGAGUGUGUGAGGCCCGUCACCCACCCCUGGCCCCGGCUCAGAAGGGCCCCCUCGAUUUAGUCAACGCUCUGCUCUUUGUUGUCCUGAACUUCUCAAUACCUUUCGAGCAAGGACACCGCAUUUUCAUCUUGCGCUGGGCCCCGUGGGUGAUGCACCUGGCUGACAGAUUCCUUGCAGGUCUGUCCCCCACAAGUACGGGGAGGUGAUCUCAACACUGAAAAGGGGUGGGGGCUUUGGCAAGAGCAGAGGCCCCGAGGGAGCAGUAAAGGCCAGAGACAGGAGUCCAGACGCGCUCCAGCGUGGGCGUAAGAGAAAGCACGGAGGAGGCAAGCAGUAGAGACCGCAGGCUGGGAGGAGAAGGUGAGCCUGGGAACUUCUGAGGCCGAGCGGUCUGUGGAUCGGCUCUGGGCACCAGGGGCUCCCCCGAGCUUGUGGAGAAUGAGAUGGAAGCAGGUCCUGGGAGGUGCCCCUGGGAGGGGCAGAGUGAGCGCGUGGGGGUCGCUCUGAGAGCGCCCCACUGAGGGAUGGGCAGGUGGCCACUGGCCCUGCUUCGCGUGGGGGCGCUGAGGCUCAGGGGCCUGGCCAAGGGCACACCACUGGCCCCAUCCCAGAGCCCGCCCCUCAGGCUGCCCACCUAGAUGCGAAGGGUCGAGAAGGGCCUUCGACAUGACCUUCGACCUUCCAGUACCCGAGAGCUGGGCAAAGCAGUGUGAACACCUCGUCCUAGAAGGUUCCGCUUUAAACCCCACUGGCGCCUCAAACACAGGCGCCCGGGCUGCAUUGCGGGGAGGCUCCUGGAGGCGGCUCAGGGCCCGGGACCUCAGCGGCGGCUACCGCUCACUGGUGUUUGGAAACGCGAGCGAGCUCCAGUCAAGCCCCGGACGACCACCGACCGCCUGUGCCCUGGAGCGCCCUCCGCCAGGCGGGGACCAGGCGGAGCCAACUGGGAGACGUCCGCGCCGGCAGGCGGGGAGGCCUGGCGGGACCUCGGGCGGCCCCGAGAGGCCGGCGGGGAGGAGGGGCUUCCGGCACGCUAGGCCGGACGGGCCCCCGGGGUCGCCUCCACCGAUGCGAACGGAAGGAACGGGAGGAUCCAGGUGCCGGGCCCCGAGGGACACGGGUCUAGAAGCCACCGGGUCCUCAGCCCCUCCCGGCUCCCUCCCAAGUGGAAGGAAGGGCCCGCAGGUGCGUGGUGCCCUGGCCGGGAGGGACGCGGGCCCGGGCAGGGGGACGGGGGGUGCCGGCCGCCGCGUGAGGCAGAGGGGGGCAGCUGGCAGGGGAAGAAGGAAGCGGGGCCCUGCCCUCCCGGGCGUUCCUCACGCCCGGCUGGACCGCAGCCGGAACCCCAGAGUCACCGUCCUCGCGCCUGUGAAAGAGGUGCGGGCGGCCCCACGGCACGGGGGUGGGGGGGGGGGCGGGGGCCCUCUUCCGCAGGGGUGAGCCCACACCAGGGUGCCGGGCGAGGCAGCCGGCCCUCC